CAGCUCAGCUCAGCUCGCGCCUCGGCCGUGAAAAGUGCUGCGCUGCUCUCCUUGUCACAUCUUUCUGCUCUAAAACAAAAUUAUUUAAAGCGCUUUCUUUCCUUUGCAGCCGUUUAUAAGAGCGACGGGUUUUCUCAAAACUUGCUCGUUUUUGUUCCCGCCUCGCGAAAUGCACAGUUCCUUUUUUUUUUUCCCCCCUCAACCGACUUAGUAAAUUACUUUCGUGUUAGUGUUGACUUUUAGUUACUUGUAACUCAGCAGCGCUGAUAAUAUUGUAUGUAUUAGUAAAAAAAAAUGUAUCGAGCGAGAUGGAACUUAGUGUUAACACGUUUUAAACGGAUGGUUUUCCCCUCAUAAUUUCCAUUUGCAAAUGUCAUAGCCUGUGACACAGGUAUUAAUUUGAUGAUUGUGCUAUUUCCCGCCGCUAACUAAGCCCGUGUCUAACAGUCCAGGUAUGUUCCGUCCUUGUUCCUGCUUGUUGGGACAUGGGGUGACAUGACUUGCUGCAAAUAUCGAGUUUCCCACAUCCCAUGUGUGUUUGUCACCUUUCACUGAAGAUAACACAACUACAGGCUGUAGCUUGGACGAUUUGUACAGUUGAAUUCUUUAUGUCAGGUGCACUUACUGUGUGGUUCCUGCCCGAACAAUUGAAUUGACACAAAACUGUCGCUGACCAGCAACAGAAGGAAGCUGUAAAAGGCACCGCUGCGAUUUGCAAGAGGAAACUGCGAGAGUCAGCGAGGGAAAGAGGCCGAAGAGAGAUGGCAGAAAACAAGUCAAGUGCCGGUGGCGGUGGUGCCGCUGGAAUCUUUGCCAAACGGGUCCAGAAGCAGUUCAGUCGGGCCCAAGAAAAGGUCUUGCAGAAGCUGGGUAAGACUAUGGAGACCAAAGAUGAACAGUUUGAGCAGUGCUCUCAGAAUCUCAACAAACAACAGAGUGAUGGGAACAGGCUAUCUAAAGACAUUAAAGCAUACUACAAUGCUGUGAAAGUGAUGCAUGAGACCUCGAAACGUUUGUCUCAAACACUGAAGGAUGUCUAUGAGUCUGACUGGAAUGGUGGAGAAGACCUGGCAGUCAUUGUGGAUAGUGAAGACCUUUUGUGGAAUGAUUACGAGGAGAAGUUGGCAGACCAAACUUUGCGGACUAUGGAGAGUUAUACAAGUCAGUUCCCUGAAGUCAAGGAGAGAGUGGCUAAACGUAACAGGAAGCUGGUGGACUAUGAUUCUGCACGCCAUCACCUUGAGGCUUUGCAAAGUGCCAAAAAGAAAGAUGAAGCCAAAAUAACCAAGGCUGAGGAAGAGUUUAACAAAGCCCAGAGCGUGUUUGAGGACAUCAACACAGAACUGAGAGAGGAGUUGCCUGUUCUCUUUCAAAGCCGAAUUGGAUGCUAUGUAACCGUCUUCCAGAACAUCUCCAACUUGCGUGAUGUGUUCUACAAAGAAAUGAGUACGCUCAACAACCAACUUUACAGUGUGAUGAAGAAAUUAGAGACUCAGCAUUCAGAUAAGGCUUUCAUCAUUAAGGGGCUGCACACGACUUCUAAAAAGAGACGAUCCCUUAUGAUUUCUGCACCCAUCCCGUGUAACACCGCCUUCCCAGUGGAUCACAAUGCUAACCAUGGUCUUGUUCAAGAUGAGAAGCAGUCUGAUGAUGCCAGUCCUCUUGAGCACCAGGAGGAAGAGGCAGUCCAAAGUACCCCUGGGGUUCAAGAGCAAGCCCCUGAUGCUACAGAUGUCACUCAGAAUUCACCCACUGAUAUGGUGUCUGAAGAAUCAGAAGAUUCUGAACUGAUUGGUCAGAGUAAUGGAGACCUCAGAUCCGAAGAGCAUGAAGUUGAAAUGAAUGAGGAAGGCCAAGAAGAAGUAAAACCUGAGGAGGAGGAGGAGGAGGAGGAGGAGGAGGAGGAGGAGGAGGGAAAUAAAGAAGUAUCUAAACUGAACACAGAUCAGCCACAACAGUGUGUCCAGGACCAGUCCUCAACUGCUGGAACAUUGGAUAAAAAUGCUGAAAUCCAGAACUCUGAAAAGAGCCCGACUCCUGAGCCAGACGUUCUAAAAGCUUCAAGCAGCAGUGUUCCACAUACAAGCGAACCCCAGGCUGAGUCAGAACCAUCAGCAAAUCUGGACUGUCCACCCGUAUCCAGCAGCAAUGACUCUUUGCUCAUCCAGUCCAGCCCAAUGAACCUAGAGGUAACAGAAGCAGCCACAGAUGUUUUGGACAAUCCUGACUCUGACACACAGAAUGCUGAUGAUAAAGAUGCUGGCCAGCCUGAAAUCGCCUUUCCUCCAGGAUUUCUCUACAAGGGGGUGGCAUUAAAAAGUCAUUCAACUGAGAAAAGUGGAGAGCUGCAAUUCUCAGAGGGGGAUGUCAUUCUAGUGUUCACAGACUUGGAGCAGAAGCCUGAAGGCACCGUGAAAGGAAUGAAAGAGAGCCAGUGGAUUCAGCACAAUCAACUGGACCAGGCUGGUAUCUUCAUGGAGAACCUGAUCAAGCGCAUUGAACCUGAAUAGCUCUGAAGCUCUUGCACUUGUAACAACUUGUGGGGGGGUGCAUUGUACCAAGUACAGGAGUGGGGAUAGGUGAAGCACAAAGCAUCAGGGACUGUAAUGACAACCACGAUGACACCAUGGUCUUUGAAUUUGAGAGCAGCUUACUGAUUUCUUUCUUCCUCUCUGUUUCAAUUCACUUGUGUUUCCCAUAAAAAAACCUUUUCCAUAUUCAUGAAGGUAAAGGGGAAGUGUACUUUUGUGCCCUUUUCCCACCCUGUACAAAGUGUUUAAUUCCACCAUCCAAAUUAUGGUUUGGUUGAUGUAAUAAA